AUGCAAUACUCUACACUCAUUUCCUCCUUCCUCAUUUCGCUCGGAGCCGCGGCACCCCAGUACGUUCUAGGAGGGCGUGACGAGCAACCUGGCGGCACUAUCCAGUUCCAGAUCGACGAGUACACGGCCACGUCAAACACCCUCAUCAACAUCCCCGGCAAGAAGACACUCGACCGUCCAGUCACCGUCAUAGGGUGUGGCAUCGUCGCCAUAAAGGCCAUCGACGACCAAGACGCCAUCAGUUGCAAGGCCAUUGACGCCAACGGACAAGAGGUUGGGCAGUUCGGAGCCGGAAUUCCACAGAUGAUGGACGACGGCAAGAAGGUCACCAUUCACGAGAUCCAGUGCACCAUGACGGAUGGAUCUGCGUCCCCCAGGAGGGACGGGUCUGCGUCUCCCAAGGGCAGAUUGCGCUUGUUACGGCUGAGCAGAUAA